AUGCAGAUCGAAAACGGCGCCAUCGCGGCGGCCCGGGACGAGGCGGUGGCCGGCAUGAACCGCCUCUUCGCCAAGGUCGACCGCGACGUCUGCGCCGCGCUGGUGCCCGUGCAGGCCCGUGCGAAGGAGCUCGACGCGCAAAUCAUCGAGGCUCAAGAGCAGCUCGAGCACGUUCAGCGUGAGCGAGAGCGCUACCUGGAGCGCUUCAAGAGCCUCACGCUCUGCUUCAAUGGAACCCGCCACAUGUCCUCUCUCGGAUCGGCGCACGACGUCGAAGAGGGGCUGGGCGCGCCGGAGCAGCCUCCCGAGGUGGACGGCCGCGCGACAUCCACAGAGGCGUCGGAGAUGGCCGGCGACAUUGGAACGCUCGACGAUCGCAGCCCGGCAAAGCAGGGCACGCCCCGCAUCGGCGAUUCCCCGCUCCCCAUCCGCCGGGCCGAGCCUGAGGCGCCGGCUGCAGUCGAACCGUGCACGCCAGCCAGCAAGGACCCGCCUGCGUCCGAGCGCUCGAACCCGCCGACGCUCAUCCCCAGUGCUGCCCGCUCGCCGCCAGAUGGCCUCGCCUCCACCCCGGCGGCGGGGACGAAGCGUCCUCUGGAGCCAUCAACGGAGCUUUCUGCAAAGCAAGGCGUUGGUCGCUCGAUCUUCACCACCCCCUCUCCCGCCGCUUGCGGCGGAUCGGAGCCGUUCGAGAUCGUUGGGCCCGCCCGCUCGGUCCCUCCGGUGGUUUGAAGCAAGCGUUGCGACAGUGGCGCUCUUCGCCGUGUCGUUGGCUCGCGCAUCUCUUUGCCGAGAGGAAAGGGCAGUGCACGAUCGUACUGUGCUCUGAGCGAGGGGUGCAGCAGACGGCGUGCGCUGACUGGUGUGUGGCACACAGAGACCACCGCUCGUUUGCGCGUCUCCGCCCCGGCGUGCGGAGUCCGAGGCGAGAGAGCGCGCGCCGCCGGCCGCGCGGUCGCACACUUUGACUUACUUACUCCAUACUGACUCGCCUUCCGCAACCCGCAAGUUUCUGUGUGUCCCGGCAGCGUGUGAGAGAAAGAACGAAAGCGGAAGAAGGCAAGCUGUACGC